GUUUAAAAAAAUAAUAAUAAUAUCCCGAUGCAUCUCUGUAUGCGCAAAAUCCGAGCAUCUUUGUUGCUCUUGAACGCAGCCCCGAAAGGAACUCUGGGAAUAACAAGAUGGCGGGACGUUCGAAAGUUCUUCCGACAGACAGGCCGACUUUACUACAAAAUAAACUGUAAAUAAAAAGGCGUAAAAGCAAAAACUGGCAACCGGUACACCGGCAACAGACCGCCCGGUAACGGCCGGUAACCAUGAACCGGGGCCGCGGGAAUAUUAAUCCUCUGUCCGGUCUGAUUGUGACAUUGUCUCCGCAGCAGCAACAGGCGGCGGCCCCGUCAAAGCCUAACCGACUGAGGAGAAGUUUCAAGCGGACUCAGCAGACGCAAAUAUCGGCGGAGCUCGGCUCUCCGAGGAGCCAAGAGCCCGAGUUUAAGACCCCGACGAGGAUCCAGAGACCCCGAGCCGUCGGGGGAUUCAGUGCCGAAUCUCCGCAGAACGACUCUGACUUUCAGCAGGACAUCAUCUGGGACGCCACCUCUCCGUCACCCAACAGACUCGGUAAAAGAGGCAAGAAGCCGCCGGUCGGAGUCGCGAACAUCUCCGAGAUCGUUAACAGGAUCGCUCCAAAGCACGGCAGGCCCACGGUUGCCGAGCCGACGCUGCAGCAGUGGAUCGGAGACAGCGCCGCCAUUCCCUGCACGCCGGACGUUCAGGUCCCCAAACCCAAGAAGAAGUCCCCCAGGCCGAACGGCGUGGACGACCUGCUGAAGCUCGCCAAACAGUUUGACCUCAACAUGUUCCACCAGGACGAGGAAGCAGCGGAGCAGCAGCACCAGCACAGCCUGGAGCUCCUGUCGGAGGACAUCUUGGAUUUCGAGAACGACUUUUCUUCGCCUUCGCCUCCCGGUGACCGCCCGCCUGCCGCCAAGGCGCCACCGCCACCGGAUCACCACAUGGAGGACGACUUGGACUUCCUGUUCGACGGGCCGACCCAACUCGUGAGCGGGAAUCUGAGUCAGGUGGCUUCGACCGCUCGGCCGUCUCAGCCGCAAUGGAAAGCUGCGUUUCCCGAAGAGGCUUCUGGGAAACCGGCGCCGUCGGCUUCCUCGCAGCCUCCUGGCGUUGCCGCGGCGCGCGCACGCCAGGGCGCUUCGGCGCCCGACGAGUUCGAGGACGACUGGGCGGAUGACGACUUGCUGCUGGACGACUCUCUGGUGUUGGAGGUGACCCAGAACCCGCAGAACUUCGUCGCCCCCAAGCACUGUUCGACCCAGAAGACGCCAAGUCCACUGGCUGAAGCCGUCCAAUCAGCUGUUCCCAAAGUCGCCCAAUCGGCUGUUCCCAAAGUCGUCCAAUCAGCUGUUUAUCAAGUCGCCCAAUCAGGAGUGACUAAUAAUACGUAUCAAAGGGAAAGUCCCGUUCCUAAAGCCGUUCAAUCAGCUGUUCCUAAAUUCAUCCAAUCAGCUGUUCCUCAAGUCGUCCAAUCAGCUGUUCCUCAAGUCGUCCAAUCAGCGGUUUAUCAAGUCGCCCAAUCAGGAGUGACUAAUAAUACGUAUCAAAGGGAAAGACCCAUUUCUAAAUUCGUCCAAUCAGCUGUUCCUCAAGUCGUCCAAUCAGCUGUUCCUCAAGUCGUCCAAUCAGCUGUUCCUCAAGUCGUCCAAUCAGCUGUUCCUAGCGUGGGAAAGGACAACGUGCGGCAGAGAACGACUUUCAAACUGGAGUCUAAUCCGAGUUUCUCCGUCGCGAGAACCCAGGCGGCCGCGUGGUCGAACUCGAAGGCGGAUCCCGGUUCCAAAAAAUCCGAAAAUGGCGCCCGGCUCUCGUCGGAGCCGCAGAAAGCGCCGUUUCCCCGAAGGACUUCUGUUCCCCGAAACGGCGCGGCAGCUUUGUCGUCGAACUCAUCGGCCGCGAACGCUGCUCGGGGCUUCCCGACGACCGCGGCGGUGGUUUCGUCUCGCGGCGGCGCCGAGGAAGCGCCGGCCGUCUCCGACCUUCCGGACGUGGACCUGUCGGCGUUCUUCGCGGCCGACCCGGCGUGGGACGACCCGGCCGACGACCACCUGCUGUGCGAGAUGUGCGACGACCUCGAGAACCAGACGCAGAGCGCCGAGAGCGUUCCCGCCACACGGGCUCCCGCCGCGGGCCAGAGAGCGGCGCUGCAGCCGUCCAACAGGAAGCUACCGCCAGCCAAUCGGCAAGCUUCCCCCCGUCAAAAACAGACUCUAACCCAAACAGCACGUCUCCACGGUGACUCGGGCCGGUCGGCGCCGCCGCCGCCGCGCGGAAACGACCGCAAAGACCAGUUCACCUUCAAGAAGCCGAGCAGCGCGGUGUCCACGGCAACCAGCGAAGUCGUGGGGAAGUGUUCGGCGGCAGAGAUCGAGCUGAAGAAGCAGCAGGCCAUGGAGAGAAGACGCCAGCGUCUGCUCGCCGCCGGGAACCUCCGAGCGCCAACGUGACGGAGAAAAACCUGCUGCCGACUUCCUCCCGAUGUUUUCAGCGAGUCUCGUACUCGUGUAUGUUCUUGUCCAGUUAAACUGUAAUAAUAUUAUUUUAUAUUAUGUUUCUAAUCCAUCAGAUCUCUCUGAGAAGUGCUCAUAUUAUGCUUGUUUUCAGGUUCAUAAUUGAUUGUAUUUUAGAGGUUAUAUCGGAAUAGGUUUACAUGGUUUAAUUUUCAAAAUAAAACAUUUUUGUUGUACUGCACAUUGCUGCAGCUCCUCUUUUCA